AUGGCGAGGAACCCGGCCUGCAGCGUCUACGUAGGCAACUUGGAUGAGAAGGUCCCUGAAAGAGUCUUGUAUGAGAUUCUUAUUCAGGCCGGUCAUGUAGUAGACCUACACAUACCAUGUGACAAAGAAACUGGGCGUCCCAAAGGUUUUGCUUUUGCUGAGUAUGAGACAGAGGCAGUUGCUCAGUAUGCUGUUAGACUUUUUUCAGGACUUGUUAGGCUUAAUGGUAAAACACUUAAAUUUGCGCUUUCCGGACAAGACAAGCCGUCAUCAAAUGGCAAUAAUCCAGUAAUGCCUAAACUCAACCCUAUACCAUUACCAAAGCAGCCUCAGUUUGUGCAUUCUAGUGAUACACUUGUGUCGCAUAAACCAGCAUAUCCGGUGGUAAAUGGUGGGAUUCCACAUAAUGGUUUUUCACAAGGCUAUCAUCCUUACAAUGUUCACCCUCAAGCAUUACCACCUCGACCCGUGCAUGGGCACCGAGAGUUUGUCCAUGGUACGUAUGGUUACAACAGUCAUGUAUAUGGUUCUGUUCUGAAUGCUAGCUAUGGAGGUUAUGUUGUGAAUGCUGUUGGUCAUGGAGCUAUGAGGCAACCAAUUAUUUACCCAUCCUACUAG